AUGGUAGCCGACGAAAGUGCUGAUCAUGCUCCAGAGCAGUACUCGCUUCAUGAAAAGAAAUCCCCAGGACUCCAGGAUACAAACAUCGACCAGCAAUCCUCAACCUCGCCUAGCGAUGAGGGUGAAUAUCCGACCGGCUUAAGGCUGAUUUUCGUUGUUGUUGCUUUGAUUUUGGCGAUUUUCUUAACUUCCUUAGACUUCACCAUUAUUGCUACGGCUAUUCCACGUAUUACCGAUGACUUUCAUAGUCUCGGAGAUGUGGCUUGGUACGGGUCGGCCUUCUUCCUGGUUACUGCUGGCUUUCAAACAGCUUGGGGCAAAGCAUAUCUCUUUUUUAGCCUGAAGAUCACAUUCCUGUUGGCCAUUUUUAUUUUUGAAGUAGGGAGUUUGAUCUGCGGAGUCGCCCCUUCCUCGGUAGCACUGAUUGUCGGCCGUGCGAUCGCUGGUUUGGGUGCCGCAGGCGUGAAUACAGGAUCCUUCACCCUGGCGGCGUUUUGCGCACCACCCCAAAAAAGACCUAUAUUCACAGGGUUGAUUGGUCUUUCCUAUGGAAUUGCAUCGGUCGUGGGACCACUUCUUGGCGGUGUUUUCACGGAAAAAGCCACAUGGAGAUGGUGUUUCUACAUCAAUCUACCAGUAGGCGCUGUCUCAGCGAUCUUCAUUAUCGUCUUUUUCCAAAGCCCGCCAGCCUCGAAGUCUACUGAUACCUCAUCAUUGUGGUGGAAAGUGAUGCAGAUGGACCCCAUUGGAACGUUCUUGAUGAUGGCUUCCGUGACCUGCUAUAUCCUCGCAAUGCAAUAUGGCGGAUUGACCCAUCCCUGGAACAGUUCAGUUGCCAUUGGCUUAAUCGUCGGCUUCGUGGCAAUCCUAGCCGUUCUCUGUGGGUGGGAAAUAUACAUGGGCGAGAUGGCCAUGUCCUGCCCUCGCUUGGUAAAAAAGCAUGCGAUUCCCUCGGCAGUGGGCUUCUUCUUCUUCGGCUCAUACAUAGUGGUGAUUUAUUAUCUGCCCAUCUACUUCCAGAGUAUUGAUGGUACUUCCGCGAUCGGCUCCGGUGUUCACAACCUGCCUUUUAUCCUCGCGGUGUCCAUUUUCACAGUUCUUAGUGGCAUUUUGAUUUCCAUGACUGGCUAUCCCGCACCGUUUGUUAUAUCUGGGGCAGCAGUUGGCACAAUCGGAUGUGGCCUUUUAUAUACAUUUAAUAUCGGUACCAGCACAGGGAAAUGGAUUGGCUAUCAAAUCCUAGCCGGCGUCGGCAAUGGAGUUGGUGUCCAAAUUCCGAUGAUCAUGGCACAGGGAAAUACUGCACCACAAGACAUGGCGGCGACAACUGCCAUUCUAAUGUGCUUCCAAACUGUCGGUGGUGCCUUUAUGCAAUCGGGUGCCCAAGCCGCAUUCGCAAAUCGCCUCCUAAUUGAACUUCCCCGAACGGCACCAGAUGUUGAUCCUUCAGCUGUAGUUGCUGCGGGAGCAACAGAGCUAAAAUUAUUCAGUUCCAGUCUAGAUGGAAUCCGCCUCGCUUAUAUGGACGGAAUUAAAGUAACAUUUGCAUUUGCAUGUGCUUCGAUGGGUGUGGCUUUUAUCUUGGCCUUUUUCGCUCGGCGAGCACGAAUUGGGGGGGCAGCCGUGAAGAAUGCCAUUGCUGCUGCUUAG